UGCAAGACGAUUGUUUUCUUGUUUGCAUUCUACCGAUCGUGACAAAAUAGAAUAAUAACUAAAUUCUCAAUUGUCUCUUUUCAGUUUUUUAUGCAUCAUGCAUAAGGUAUAAUAAUAGAACGAGUUUAUCUUAUAUAGAAUAUAGAUAGGAUAAUUAUAUGGUUACAAAUCGAAACUUUGUACCUACCACUUGUGGGUAAAAAAUAAUUUGAAAUAAACUAUCAUAAUAUAAUAUGGAUAACUUGAAUUAUGACACUAGCUGUAAAUAUGAAGUACUUGCAGAAAUAUCUUUUCAUGCCGAUACUACAAAAAAUGAGUUUGUCAAAUUAUUAUGCAGUCGCCUUUUGGCCCGAUGUUAUCUUAAUAAAUUAGAUACUAAAUGCAUUGAACCGUCUUUAGUAUCUAAUGAAGAAGAUGAAUGUUCAAUUGUUCAAAAGCAGUUUACAAAUUUGAGUACCAAUGAAUCACAACAACAUGCUGAAUGGUAUGCUUAUUGGGAAAAAAACGGUGAACAUUUUGUAAAUGAAGCUUGGAUAAAAUUGUAUGGAAGUUGUACCCUGGAUGAUCUUCCAACAGAUAUCGAAAGUUUUUAUCAAAAUCAUAAGGAACAACAUUAUCACAUGUUAUAUUGGAAGUAUAUAAAUGAAGUAUGUCCUACUGUUCUGGGAACUACCUCUGAGAAUUCUGAUAAUGAUGAGUGUAGCUUAAAUAAUAGCAAAGGACUUGUUACUGAUGAUUGUGUUUCAAAUUUUGAUUUCCUUUACAAGUAUAAACAUUUUCAACAAGCAAACAGUAAACUUUCCAAAGCUUAUAGAGCUAUAAGUAUAAUGGGAUAUAUUUAUAAUGAUCAAAAUAUGUUUGAUACGGGAUUUGUUCAAUAUCUUAAAAAAAACAUUAUUAAGUCAACUCGUCAUCUAAAUGUGUACAGGUUUCCAAAGAUGUGUGCAACACCAACAUUUGAUGAUAAUUUGUUAUCAAGUAAUUCAAAGGAUUGUGCAAAGAGUAAAGUCAAAAGUAAAAAAGCAUUAAAAAAAGAAGAAUGGAAAGAUAUAAAAGAAAAAUGUACUAUCGAAGAAAUGGAUAGAUUGGGCUACAGUUAUUUGAAAAAUAAACCUACAUUAAUGAAGUAUUGGAAAAAAAGAUAUAUGUUGUUUUCUAAAUUUGAAAAGGGGAUAAAAUUAGAUGAAGAAAGUUGGUAUUCUGUCACUCCUGAAAUAAUUAGUGUUCAUAUAGCUGAUCGAUGUAGUUGCCAUUUAAUUGUUGAUCCCUUUUGUGGAGCUGGCAGUAACAUUAUUCAAUUUGCUAAGACUUGUGAACUUGUUAUAGCUAUUGAUAUUGAUCCAAAAAAGAUUGAAAUAGCCCGUUACAAUGCAGAAUUAUAUGGUGUUGCAGAUCGAAUUCAAUUCAUCAUUGGUGAUUACUUUGCUCUUGCGCCAACUCUUAAAGCUGAUGUUGUGUUUUUGUCCCCACCUUGGGGUGGACCUGAUCUCAUGAACCUUGAAGAGUACAAACUAAGUUACAUAAUGCCCGAAAAAGGUGGCAUAAAACAUAUGAUGAGUUUGACUCGACAAAUCACAUCAAAUAUUGCACUACAUUUACCAAAGAAUACUAACAUUUUCGAUUGUAUUCAAUCUGCAGAAGAUGGUUUUAUUGAGGUACAACAGAAUAUACUUAACUCAAGGUACAACUCUUUAACAAUUUAUUAUAGUGAACUGUAUGGACUUUGCGAUGAAGAUACUAUCACUUAUAAUGAUAGUUAGAUUAUAGAAUAUAUAGCAAUUUUGUUUAAUUGUGAAUAUUUUAUGUGAUAUUUAAUAUUCUAU